UGUAUUUUAUGAAUUAUCAUUAGUGAUAUGCUUGAGAGAGUUCUUUUGUUGUGUGUAAUUUUCAGUCCUUAGUAUCAUGCUUGAGAGAGUAUUUCUUGUGAGUACUUCUCAAUUUGUGGUAAUCAAAAUGCAGGGCAGUUGCUCUUUGGUACACUUGAACUGCACUAAAGCUGAACUUAGAGGUUGUAGACACCUGAGCCGCCUAUAUGCCUGGGAACAAGUUUAACGAUAACUUGCAAGUUCCCAGUAAUAGGGUCGAGAGGCUCUUGAGGGAGAGGGAACUGAGAAGGAGCAACAGGAAUCCUUCUUUUGUCGAUGGCAAUGAUGGCAGCCGAGGGAUUGAGACACCGGAAAACAACAUCUGUGGGGCUUCUUCCUUUGUGGAGCAGUAUUUAGAAGCAGCUGCACAAGCGUUUAAGGAAGGGUGGGAUAAGCCGGAAGGUAGGCCUAUCAAGCAGAGAUUGUUAGUUGUUGCGAAUAGACUUCCGGUCUCUGCAGUUAGAAGAGGUGAGGAUUCUUGGUCGCUGGAGAUAAGUGCAGGUGGUCUAGUCAGUGCGCUUCUGGUGUAUACACUUUUCUUCAGUUCUACUUGUAAAGUUCUCUUUGUGUUGCCUAAUGCAAUUGAGUGUCGGCAUAUAGGUGUUAAGGAGUUCGAAGCACGGUGGAUUGGUUGGGCAGGAGUUAAUGUGCCGGACGAGAUUGGGCAAAGGGCACUUACUAGAGCACUUGCCGAGAAGAGGUGCAUACCUGUUUUCCUUGAUGAGGAGAUUGUUCACCAGUAUUACAAUGGAUAUUGCAACAAUAUAUUAUGGCCUCUUUUCCACUAUCUUGGGCUCCCACAAGAAGAUCGCCUUGCAACAACCAGGAGUUUUCAGUCCCAAUUCGCUGCAUACCGGAAGGCGAACCAAAUGUUUGCUGAUGUUGUUCAUAGACACUAUGAAGAGGGUGAUGUUGUUUGGUGUCAUGACUACCACCUAAUGUCCCUUCCGGAAUUCCUGAAGGAUUACAACAGCAAGAUGAAAGUUGGGUGGUUUCUACACACUCCCUUUCCAUCUUCUGAAAUCCACCGAACUUUGCCAUCUCGAUCUGAACUGUUACGUGCAGUUCUGGCUGCUGAUUUAGUGGGAAGAUUUAUUAAGAUCAAUGUUGGCUUAUAUGUUGAAUACUGGAUGACAAACUAUUUGCUAUCGCCUAUCAGAGUACUCCUGAAGGAGUUGAGGAUCAAGGGAGACUCACUCGUGUGGCUGCGGUAUGUCCUGGUGAACUUUAUUGAUAUCCCUUUUCUUGAUAUUCAACUUGCUCUUUGUGGUUGUGAUUUCCUAAUAGGGAUUGAUUCUGAAAGGUUCAUCCGUGCUCUUGAAGUUCGUCAAGUCCAGGAACACAUUAAAGAAUUAAAAGAAAGAUUUUCUGGAAGAAAGGUAAUGCUGGGUGUGGAUCGUCUUGAUAUGAUAAAAGGAAUCCCGCAAAAGAUACUUGCGUUUGAGAAAUUUCUGGAGGAAAACCCAUACUGGCAUGAUAAGGUUGUUCUGCUGCAAAUUGCUGUGCCAUCAAGAACUGAUGUUCCUGAAUAUCAGAAACUUACAAGCCAGGUUCAUGAGAUCGUUGGGCGGAUUAAUGGAAGAUUUGGAACUUUGACUGCUGUUCCAAUUCACCAUCUGGAUCGUUCUCUUGACUUCCAUGCCUUGUGUGCACUGUAUGCUGUCACUGAUGUAGCACUCGUCACGUCUCUGCGGGAUGGAAUGAAUCUUGUCAGCUAUGAGUUUGUAGCAUGUCAAGAUUCCAAAAGAGGAGUCCUCAUCCUCAGUGAAUUUGCUGGGGCUUCUCAGUCUCUUGGAGCUGGAGCAAUUCUGGUAAAUCCAUGGAAUAUCACAGAGGUGGCUGCUGCUAUAGGCCAAGCUCUAAAUAUGCCUGCUGAAGAAAGAGAGAAACGCCAUCGCCAUAACUUCAAGCAUGUUACAACUCACACUGCUCAGCAAUGGGCUGAAUUCUUUGUAAGUGAAUUGAAUGAUACAGUUAUAGAAGCACAGCAGAGAAUAAGAAAAGCUCCACCCCAACUUGUAUUCAGUGAUGCAAUCAAUCGUUUCUUGCAGUCUAAUAACCGGUUACUUAUACUGGUAUGAUCACUUACUUGUUGACUUAUAAAGUUACAUCAGAGUGAGUGAGGAGAUAUGUUAGUGUCGUCAUCUCGUCGGGUGUUGGAAGAACUUGUCAGUAUUCUGUUACAAAAUUGUGGAAGUGAACUUUAUGUUGUAGGACCAUGAUUAAGAAUUCUUGAGCAUCGUGUGAAGAAUUUAAUUGACAUAAUAAUAAACUUCUCCAGCAGUAUGUUCAUGCAUGUUUCUCUCUCAAAACAAAGAGAUUUCUAUAUUGUUACGGAGAAAUAUUGUACUAAUUCUUGAUACCCAAGUUGAAUAUUGUUCUUGAUUCACUUCCCUACUACCAAAUUCACUGUAAGAGACAUGAAACAAAUCUAGGAG